AUGGCCGAUUUACAAUCCCCGGCCUCCAUGGCCCCGUCCCCGGCACCAUCUUCUACAUCCAGAGCUCACGCUCCAUCCAAAGGAUCACGACCAAGACCGUCUUUGCGCCGGCGAGAUUCUUCCCCGCCACCUUCCUCUCCACCUGGCCUCCCAACCCCCGCAUUCUCACCCGACGGACAAACAGACGAUGAUGAUAUCGAUAUCACCGAGGACACCUUAUCACCUUUCGACCCGCGGAGGAUCACACCUACUCUCCAUGCAUCUCUCGUUUCGGAGAUUCUCUCGCUCCGACGGGAGAUAGAGAACAAAACCAAGGCAAUCGAUGGACUAGAAGAGAGCUUGGAUGAAUCAAGGACGGAAAAUGAAACAUUGACCGCGAAUCUGUCCCAGGCGACCUGGGAAGGGCGCUCAUUGAAACACCAAAUCCAACUACUGGAAGGUGGCACGUCAUCUGCGAUGACCGAGCUAGCUCGGGAGCGCGAUGAAGCGGUCGAGAACAUCGGUGACGUUCGUAAAAAGCUCGAUCAAGCACAGAAGAAAGCUCGAAGCCGGGAGGAGGAAAUCGAACGAACCCAAUUACUCUGGAAUCGCGAUCAAGAGUCUUGGGCGGAUGAACGCCGAACCCUGGAACGCAAGGUUCACGUAGUGGAGGGCCGCUUGAAGACCGUUUUGAACGAGGUCGCAGCCACCCAGGAAGUGGCGACUAUCCACACGCAUUCGCCGUCGAGUGAGAAUGGUGACCUUGUUCAUGACAAGAAUAAAGAAAGCGACUCGGCCAGCCUGGCGUCUAGUAGCCUAGGCCGCCGACGCACGAGCGUGACCAGCGUGAGCUCGGAAGAAGCUGAGGAGGCCGUCAUAUUCCAUAGCAUGCGGUACUCGGUUAUGAGUAUUGCGCCUGGAGCCAAGAAUGGUUCUGGUCUGAACCUGGCAGAAGAACUCGACUUUGAUGAAGAGGACGAGUUUGUUCCAUCUGAUGAUGACCUCCCCGCCUCUCCGGAGGCGCUCCCCGAAGAACGCCCAAUGGAUCGCCCAAUGUCAGUUCACUCACAGGGGUCGCAUAGUAUUUCGGACAAGGCCAGGAAGAUUCUGGGUCUGUCCCUUCAAAGCUCGGACUUACACUCACCCACUGCCAUGGAUUUCCGUGCCCGGGACCUCGGGCUUGCUAGCCCCGUGAAACUGGGCCCGGCAGUCGAAUACUGCGAUAUCGGCAUCCAGUACUCACCUCCACCGUCGCCUACGAUAGAAGCUAAGGUUGUAUACGAUAUUGUUCCUGGGCCGGUGGAAGCGGCUUCAGAGCCUGAGAAAGAAGACGAUAAGAAUGCGAACAUGUCUGGAACGAAGGACAGUGCCACGCCUCCAGUGGUACAGCAGAUGGUUUCUAGUUCUUGUCAGACCGUGCAUGAACUCCCAAGUCCUCCGUGGACGCCCAAUGUGGCUGAGUCGUCUCAACCUGUUGAAUUCACCCCGGAGCCGGUGCAAAUGACAUCGGCGUCCACCCAGACUGAUGUUGUUCCGGAAACAAAUGUUGUUCAAAGCGGGAAUCGUGCCAGCUUAUCCCCGAAUGAUGUCCCAUCGAAAAUGGACAUUCCAAUGAUCGCUAUCCACCCACCAGGCUCGGAGCCAUCCUCACCUCGGAACAGCGUCGUUCUACCACCGCAAACCAAAAACAUUGCUUGCCAGGCCAAUUUCCGAGCAAUUGCUGAUUGUCGAUCCAUUGCCGUCCAAACCGAGGAGAUCCUUAUCGAUCAACCCCCUGUCAAACCUCCCGCUAGUCUUCUUCCAUCUGCUAUUCAAGAUGAAGAUGCACUACCUCGCCCUAAACCACAGGAGCCUAGCCUCGAGUCUUACACUGUGCCCCCGCUUCCGCCGCGGUCCGAAAAACGAAAACUGAGACGACCGGUAACAGAUCACCCGGCAGAUGGCCCCGUGAAGCCUCCUAGAGCAUCUGAUUCAGAUCAUGUGCAGGCCUAUCCCGGUAACAACGACAAUGGUCCGCUCUCGGACGAUGCUCUAUCCAAUAUUCGACGACCUUUACGGUCUAGCAGCCUCUUUGCCGGGUUUGAACACAACAGCGACGAUGAAGGCCCUCAUAAUGAACGUGAUGUCUUCACUGACGAUGAGCUCCUCAGCCGCCCAUUUACUGCAUACACUGUCAGCCGUGGCAAGCUCAUCACUACGAAAUCAGGACCCAGCUUGGACGACAUGCCUCUCCCCGAAAUAGACGAACAACUGUCUUCCCCGGAGUCAAGACCACCCGACAUUGGCCGUUCUCGGGCUCCCCAGCGGUCUAGCACGGCGUCCUCGAGUAUUCGCCAGUCCGGAAUGCGCAAAAUGGCCAUGAUCUCCAGCGGAACCGCCGCGCACCAGAAGCCCCGUGCCCGCAGUCCCAGCGAGCCAAGCCUCGAUAGCGGCAGUGCAGGCUCAAGCAUUGCACCACCAUUCCCCGUGCCCAUCCGUUUAAGCUCACGCAACCUCCCACUCAACGGAAGCGACGGACCCCCCAGUCCUACUCGCUCAGCCGGCAGACAGUUCUCAGACCGCGGUCACCAAACCGUCAUCCGGCGCCCAAGUCUCCGCCGAGUGCGAUCCGCUGCAGCAACGUCACAGUCGGAUAUUACCGAGAGACCAGAAACUCUCUCUUCGCCCUCACGAUCGAUCUCAACAUUUUCUCCAGAGAGCCCCACAUACCGACCAUACCGACCACCACUACCACCACUACCACCACCACCGCCACCACCGCCACCACCGAUGCCGUGCGAUGAUAUCACAGCACCUCGUGAGCGGCACGGGCCGCCGAAACGCGCCCCCUCGCACCGCGCGACUCCAUCUCAAACCUGGAACCGUGAACAGCGUGAAAGAAAGGAUUCCACCGGCGGUGUGCAACCGACUAGUGUCGUGGAUGCCAUUGCUCAGACCAUGGUUGGCGAGUGGAUGUUUAAAUACGUCCGUCGACGUAAAUCAUUCGGUAUGGGCGAGUCCAAGGAGAAUUGGGAGGGCAAGAACCCCGACGAUGUGUCGGCGAAUAUUACGAACAGUGGUGUGCGCCAUAAGCGAUGGGUUUGGCUCGCCCCGUACGAAGGCUCCAUCAUGUGGAGUAGUAAACAGCCUACGAGUGGGCCUGCCUUGCUCGGCAAAAGUGGCCGGAAGUUCACCAUCCAAUCCGUCCUGGACGUCAAAGAUGACAACCCCAUCCCCAAAGGCGCCGGCUCUUCGGCGCCAUUCAAUCGCUCCAUCCUGGUUUUGACACCACAGCGCGCUCUGAAAUUCACAGCGCUAACCAUCGAACGCCACUACGUCUGGCUAACGGCCCUCUCCUUCCUCAGUCAUUCCUCAAUGGGCCUCCAAGAGCUAGCAGCCCUACCUCCAGUCCCACAAGAAGAAUCCCCAAACCUACCUCACACCUCCCUCCGCCGAAACCCCAUCCGCGACUCCAUCCGCGUCGCAAAGGGACGUCCCCGCCCAAUGCCAAAGGGCAAACGCUCCUUCAACAGUGCCGGCGCUCCAGCCCCAGUCCCCGAAGUCCCAGGCGGCAGCAUCGACUUAGCAGCCGACGCACCACACGUGCCCCGCUUCUCAACCCACAACCGCCAACGCAGUAACACCGCACCCCGCCCUGCCCUCCACGCUCUCCGCAGCUUCUCCAGCGCCGGCACUAUGCCGUCUUCACACAGCGGUACUACUGCUGGCUCCUCGGAGCUCCACUUCCCCGUCACGCAACCCCCUCCCCUAUCCCCAGGAGUCGGCAGCCGCCGCAGCAGUAUCAGUCGACGCACUUCCGAGGCGAGUGGCCGUGCUUCUAGUGUGGCGGGCAGCAACAUAUUCGAUAUAGGCACUGUUCGUAUGGAGGCUUUCAUCGAUCACCAUGCAGAACAGAUGAAUCGCACCCGUGCGCCUCCACGUCAACGCCAUACCCGCAAGACUUCCAGUCAGUGGAGUGAGAGGCGGUAUGAGUUUGACACGCCUUCGGUUCAAGGGAGCGAGUUCUCAUACCGUCCUGAUGAUCCGUGGCGGGAAUUCUAA